CGAGGAGGGAAGCUUCCAUUCAGCGCGGGCCCUGUGAAGCCGGAGACCACAGAAAAUGGCAGCUUCUCUAGGUUAGAUUUUUCCCUAGAUCGGCAAGCAUGUCCUCUUCCAGCUCUGGCCAAAGAUUUGCGGACUACUUUGUGGUCAGUGGAUUAGAUGUUGUGACUGGGCUUGAAGCUGAUCAGUUGUCAGGGGACUCUUUACACCGAUCUCCUCUGGAGCGUUCCUAUAAAGCCAAAGUUUUGAUGCACUUUCCUUCAAAUGUUGACUGGAAUCCUUUUGAUGAAGAUGCCGUCCGUAUGCUCUGUUUACCUCAAGGACUGACAUUUAAAAAGGAAACUGAACAACAUGAACCACGUUUCCACUCCUUCCUCAUCACUCGAGAAGAUGGCUCAAGGGUUUAUGGUUGCGCGCUCACUUUCUAUGAAGCUGUUAAAGACCCUCAGAUCUGUAAAGCUAUGGACACACUGCAGGCCAUGCACGAUGCUGAGUUAGCAAUUGCUGAAUCAAGAUCUCGCUCUAAAUCUCCAGUUUUUAUAACUACCAACAGCACUGGUUCUGUGGAAACUUCAAGUUAUAGUGAACAUUUAAACACAAGCUCUGACAUGAGUAAUAUCUCGAACAAAAAGUCCUUUGACCUUAGUAAGGACGCUCUUCUAGUAUCAAAAUCAAUUUGCAUCAUAAUGCCACUGCCAUUUAUCUCUGCUGGAAAGGGUUUCCUAGAGCAGAUGUACUAUGCAGUACAGAAUGAAGAAAAUCUACCACUUCCUUUAGAAUCAUACAUUUACAACCUAUUGUUUGAGGUGCCGCUUCCACCAGCUGGAAAAACAAUGAGAUUUAAUUCCUGUGAAUUGAGUAUCACUUGUCAGAGACCUGGUGUGAAUGAGCUUCCUCUGUUUGAUUACUCAUUCAAAGAGCUCUUUACUUUGCUUGGUGUUGAGAAUGUUGUAAAGCUGUUUACAUGCACUCUACUGGAACAACAAAUUCUUCUUUUAUCUAGUGAUUUCCACAAGUUCAUGCUGGUGGCAGAGAGUGUGACAACCAUUCUUUUUCCAUUCAUUUGGCAACAUGUGUAUGUUCCAAUUCUACCUGCAGCUCUUUCUCACUUCCUGGAUGCACCAGUGCCAUUCUUAAUGGGAAUAUUUUGUGCUUCUGCAGAGGACAAAGAGAAUCUUACUCUCCCAUCCGAGGCUUCCCUCUGCUUAGUAGACAUAGAUAACUGCACAGUAACAACACCAGAGGAUCUCCCUGUAUUUCCAGAUGAGCAGGAGUUGAUUAAAGAACUCAAUGAUAUUGUUAAAACGUUUAAUGUGCAUGUACCUCAAGACAAUGAGAUUCGACCAGGAAGUGGAACAAACAGCUUAGAAAACUCUUUAGAAGUUCCACAAGACUACAGUUUCUCUCAAACUGCUAAUGGCAGCUCUGAUUAUGAAACUGGAAGUAAUUCUGGGUCUCCACAGGCAUCCCCUCGCUCCAGGUCACCUUCCUCAAGGUCACCUCUCUCAGGAUCACCCAGUUCAGGGUCACCUGCUCUGGAAGCAAAGAAAAUUAAACACAAGGACUCACCAAAAAGGUCUCACAGAGCGAAGGCACGGAGGUCUUCAACUGAACCUAAAGUACCUAAAUCUAAAUCCUCUACUUGUUUGGAUGUUGCAAAAAAUCCCAGACUGCAAGCAAUCGCAGCAAUUGCAGAGAGAACAGGCAUAAUGGCCCCAAUUUCAACCGUUGCAUCAAACUUGGAAAAGUCUUUUUCUGAUACUCAACUUCAACAAUUUGCUGUCAAUGAGAAUGAGUAUAUUCUGGGUGAUGAAGCAAAAGAAAUCUCACGGAGACAACAGCAUGAGAAUGAAUUGAACACUGCUGUCAGAGAAAUCUUUGCAAAUCGAUUCACGCAGCUCUUGCUGGGGUAUGAAAAAUUCGUUAUUCAGCCGCAGCAAGACCUCAGGGAAGAUUGGACAUCAAACAGAGAGCAAAUGCAGAACUUUGAUAAAGCUUCUUUCCUUUCUGACCAACCAGAGCAAUAUCUUCCUUUUCUUUCCCCAUUUACUGAGACACAGAUGUUUGCGAGCUUCAUUGAUACGAAAAUAAUGGAAAAGUGGGAAGGCCCUGAUCCUAGGUUAGCUGUGUUUCACCAACGUGUGCUCGGAUUGAAAACAAGACUUGGGGUCACUCGGUCACCAUCUUAUGAGAAAUGCAUGACCCUCAAUAAUGCAAUCCAAGUGCUCUUGCGACGUUCCAACUCUGUUGAUUAUAUGGCAACCCAACCUCAUCAGCUACAGCUCUCGGACAAGAAAGGAGUGAAUGGUAGUGGAUACUUUAUGACCUUGAACACAGAGAUUUUAUGCGAUGGACCAAAUACCAAGAGUGGUCAUCACUCUAAAGUGAACUGGAGAAAAAAGAGUCGCCAACAACAGCAAUCUGAACAUCUUUCUCUUAAUUCCCCUCAGAAUGGAAAGAAGAUGAGAGAUAUACUAGCAUCAAAAAUGAAGAAAUACCUGCAGGAGACAAAAGCCAAAAGUUCUCAGUUUGGAGACAUGGGACUUGAGCCUCAAACAGGAUUCAUUGAGAAACUGUUAAAGGAAUGCAGACAGAAGACAAAGAAAAUUCUGGUGCAGAAGAUGGGACAGGAGGCAGUUGAUCUUGGACAUUCUGAUGCUAAUGUCUCAGGAGUGGAGGAGAAUACAUUAAUAGCCAGCUUGUGUGAUCUACUGGAAAGGGUCUGGAGCCAUGGACUGCAAACGAGAGAGGGUAAGUCAGCAGUGUGGUCACACUUGUUAACUUUCCAACUUGAAUGUGAAGAGAUAGAAGACGAUCCUUCAUAUAGUCAAGAUACCAACAGUUUAUCACCCCAAGCAGCCAUUAAGGAAACAGACAAACAGAGUCAAAUGGGAAGGAGAUGUACAUCACCUGACAUCUCAAACAUGUUGCAGUCCAUUCAGCUGUCUCAACAGCAGAACACUAUCAGCUCCGUGUUAGCUGACAUGAGUCACGUGCAGGGUAUGGCAGAAAUCAAGACAGACGUUGGACAUGCCCGAGCAUGGAUCAGAUUGGCUCUAGAGAAGAAAGUGCUCUCCAAGCACCUGAAACAAGUUCUCACAAAUACAGAUCUUCUCAGGGAGAGAUAUAAAGAUUACGCCUUCUUGCGAACAGAAGAGGAAAAGGAGCAGUUUUUAUAUCAUCUUCUUUCACUCAACGCCGUCGACUUCUUUUGCUUUACAAAUGGUUUUCAGAACACAGCCAUUACAUACAAAGUGGUGAUUAAGACCGGGAAGCAGUUGGGUGGUGGUACCACCACAGCACAGUCAUGGAUGACCCUUGCUGGAAGCAUUACAGACACAGGUGUGAUGAACAUACCCAAGAAUGAGAACGAGUUCAGAUUUCAGCACGCAAACUUGGGAGUUUUGACGACUCUCAGAAUAGGACACGAUAACACAGGUUACAGCCCAGGUUGGUUCAUUGAACAAAUCAUCAUCAAAAACGAAGUGACGUCACAUAUUUACAGGUUUUCUUGUGGGCGUUGGCUGGCGAAGAACAUGGACGACGGAAGUACAGAGAGGCUUCUUGUGGCGGAGCUCAUGAAGAUCAAAGGGAAUGAAGAAGACCGUAACCUGGCAGAAGUUUGCCGCUUGUCUCCACAAAGACGUUCACCUGUUCUUUCCAGGAAAAACCGCGAAAAAAUACGUAUCCCGGAAGUACAGGAGCGCGUUGCUGAUGCGGUGAACAAUAUUGUGAAACAUUUCUACAAGCCUGAGAAAGAGAGAGGGAAUCUAACAUAUUUGUUGUGUGGUGAGGGCGGUCUUUGCCAAGCCUUAGAACAGGUAUUUCAGUGUGGAUUCAGAUCGUCCCGCCUUUUUCGCAAUAACUUCUUCAUCUGGGAUAUCUUAGAAAAAGGUCAGCAGUAUCUGUCAUCCGUUGAGGAGGACUCGACCCAAGUGGAAAACAUGAGGAGGGCGAGGCGAACUUUUUGCACUGUUGUGACGAGAAUAAACAAUGCAUCACACACCAUCGGCAAAGACGGCAAGUUCCAGUCCUUUGUGUGCCUGGGUGCACGAGAUCAUUUACUUCACUACUGGUUCGAGCUCUUAUCCACUUGUCCAGCGACCACCAACAUGUACGACACGCCGUCGUUCUUUCGGGACAGCGGUCUGGUGCAGUUUCUGGUGGAAUUAUUACAGACUCUUGUGGAGUUCAAUAUCACACUGGAGGCCUCGCUUUUGAAAGGAAUAUCAUAAUUCAACUGCGACUGGAACACUGCUACGAACGACGCGUUCUUCAGUGAAUCCUGCCCAGCCGUUUUGUGACUUGGAUGGCGAAACUCUCGUGCGUUAUAAAGGAUUGUCUUUUCCACGACACUACUAGAUGAUUCAAAGAGGCGGCAUGCCACAAAUUCGCUAACGUGGUUCCAGUCCAGUGGGGAGCUGUAUCGUCGUAAGGUUCGAUUUCCGCCGCGCUCUUUAAUCCGACCCGGGAGAGAAGAGCUCCUUUCAGAACAGCGACCGGUAAUCGAGCCUAUUUUGUCAUGGAAGAAGUUUCAGUUACAACGAAUAAACUGGUCCAUCAUAAAGAGCAAUGAACAGUUAACCUGAUACGCACAGCUGGUUAGAAAUCCCAAAAUAAUCGAAGACCAAUUUUCUAAGUUGUAAAUAAUGUUCAUAAAACAUAACAUAGAUUGUUAUUUACCUCUGGUUUAAGUGAGAAUUGAAUGUUUGACUGCGGUAUAUUGAACGGGGGUAUUUUUGCACGAGGGACAGUUUUAUAUGAGCACCCUGUUUCUGGACAAAAUUGUUGGAAAUUUUCUCAGUUAAAGAAAAGAAUUUACUUUAAGCCUCACGUAAUGUUUCUCUACUUAAACACGGCAAAAAAAGUCCUUCCUAGUCAGGGGCUGAUCUCGUUUCAGUUUGAAAAUUUAUGUAAAUGAUAAUUUAUUUGAACAAAAUCCAAUUUUUGAUAACUGUUUUUAAAAGGCAAGGUGAGACAUUAAAGGAAAAGGUUAUUGCA